GAAAAGCGGGAGAGCAAAGAAUCCCGACAAAUCCAAGAACCAGAACUCCUCACUCUUAGUGCAUUCACUUUCGCCUGUAGUGAUCCAGCAAUCAUGACUGCUUCCGCGGUAGAGCUGAAGCAGCUGAAGCGCGCCCUUCUUUCGCAAUACGAAGACGAGAUCACCGCUCAAACAACAUCAGCAGCAGCAAAUGAAGACACCGCGGACCAGCGAAGCACGGUGCUGCAGCCCAAUCCUUUUCCAUCGGCCCCCAGUCUCCAACUGCAGUUGUUAUGCCUCCGGUCCGGCAAGUCCGUGAAGGACGUGCCGACCACGGCGCGUGAGGAAAUAGUGCUGAUGGCGAGUGGGAUGCCGUCGCCGAACGACCUCGUCGAGGAUCGCCUGCGCCGCGCGCAAGACGAAAGUGUGCGCCUCCUCGUGAAGCGGACCACGGCGGUGAUGGCACCGGCCGGCGACGCAAAGGCCUCACCUGCUCCUGCCAACUCUGCGGAUCGUCUGGAGCUGCUGGAAAGGUUGUACGCCUCCAACACGCAAGCGCUCGCCGGUGGGGAGGAGUCGAAGCCGCCGGCUGCACCGAGCGCCUAA